GUCGGCAUCGCCCGAACCGAACAGCAUAUCGGAGCUAUAAACAGAUCAGGAUAAGGUAUCGAAAAUACCUUCAAGUUGGUUCAGGAAUCAGGUGUGCAUGGGAGCCCGAGGCGGCUCUCCUUGAGCGUCAAUAUCUGUUAGGCUGUCCUCACAGACACAGUUAGGCCUCUUGUCUUCUCUCCGUCAUGCCAAAUCCUGUCAUCAUUAUCACAGGCGCAUCCAGAGGCAUCGGCCUUGCAGUUACUCGUUCCUUACUCAAGGAACACAACGCUCAUGUCGUUACCAUAUCACGAACUCGAACACCAGAGCUCAGCCAACUGAUUCAGGAACACAAACAAUCACUGCUGGCUCUCGAAUGUAACGUCACAGACGAACCCGCCAUCCAAAGCGCCAUAACUCGCGCCAAAGACCACUUUGGGCAGAUAGACGGGCUAAUUCUCAACGCUGCGACUCUAGACUACAUAGGACGCAUCGACAAUGCCGAACUCAGCCUAGACGACUGGAGAAGCCACUUUGACAUCAAUUUUUUCUCGCUCGUUACUGCUAUCAGGGCUUCUUUGCCUAGCUUGCGAGAAUCGAAGGGUAGGAUUGUUUUUGUAAGUUCUGGAGCGGCUACUGGGGGCAUACAUGGAUGGGGCAUGUAUAAUGCUAGUAAAGCUGCUAUGAACAGCUUGAGCAGGACUCUGGCAAACGAAGAACCUUCAAUCGUGUCAUUAGCACUGGCGCCUGGAAGAGUCGACACUCAGAUGCAGACCAUAUUGCGGGAUGCAGGAGCGCAGCAUAUGAAGGCGGCAGACCAUCAGAGUUUUGUCGACGCUUACAACGAAGGAGCCCUAGUCAAUCCAUACGACGUUGGAUAUGUCAUCGCUGCGCUCUCGGUGCGCGCUCCUCUUUCGCUUAGCGGGCAGUUUGUGCGGUGGGAUAAUGAGGAGUGUAGAGAAUUCCAGAGGAAAUGAACUGGUGUAGAUCGGGUAUGAUUAUCCCGAGAUGUUUUUUCCCCCGCUGUCCACAUCUUAAUCGAAGUAGGCAGCAAUGAAAAGAAGGCAGCUUCUGACAUACCGUGAUUUUUCUGCUUGGAGACAGUCGAUUAUCAU